AUGAUCGCCUGCCUAGGUAUAUCGGUCGUGGCUGCCCUUUUCGUAGCCGUGAUCUUCGAAGAGACACUGCUUUGCAGACCUAUAUCUCUCAAUUGGGACACAACUCCUACGGGAGGCACUUGCGGCGACGGUGAUGCUGCAUACGUCGCUACUGGAGUAGUCAAUGUCCUUACGGAUGUCCUUGUGAUCUGUUUGCCAGUUCCCCAGAUAUGGAAGCUCCAGAUGCCAGUACGGACAAAAGUCGUGCUUUCAAUCCUGUUCAGCUUUGGUCUCAUGCAAGUUACCGCAGGUGCGUCAAAGGGGCCUGUGACAAUGCUUACGUCUUACAGAAUCUGUGUCAUCACUAUUGUCCGCCUCUCAUCGAAAACAAUGUUCUACUGGACCGCCGCCGAUCCCACUUUCACAAUCUGGAAGAUCAUGAUCUGGUCGCAACUUGAACCUAAUAUUGCCAUUGUUUGUGCGUGUGUGCCUCUCUUGCGGCCAAUCUUUGGCAACUACUUCGGAAGCCAUCGAAGCAGAGGUUACAGCGGCAGCAAACAACUUUCUGGCACUGACCGGUCUGGGAAGGGCAUUCGCAUGGAUACGCCUACAAGGACCUACGAAGGUCAAGGAUUCGGUGGGUACACAAAUGCGCGCUUGAAUGUUGGAGGCGCCCAUCCUCAUGGAAGGGAUUACUCGCAUGCUACGCUAGGGGGGACAAAGGGGUAUAAUGCGAGCAGAGGCGUGCCUGGUGGACUUGGAAAUACGCGGGAUCAUAGCGCAUGCGAUCUUGAAAAGGCUCGAAAUGAGGAUUGUACGGUAGAGAAGACUUUUUGGUAG